AUGUCUUUUAAAAAAAGAAUUACACCAAAAUCACAAAAUACAGAAAAAACAUGUAAAACAUUUUCUUUAUAUACAGAAAAAUCCCUCAAAAAUGGAGUCUGUCCAUCUCCGCUCAAUGGAAUUCAUAUUACGAGUUCAGGUUGUUCAUCUUUUGACUCAAUUACAGGCCUUGGCGGUCUUCCAUUAGGAACAAGUUUUCUGAUUGAAGAAACAGGAACAACAGAUUUUUCAAGCUCUCUAUUGCGCUACUUUGUAGCAGAAGGUAUCCUUCAUGGACAUGGAAUCUGGGUUGGAGGUGUUCCAAGAACAUGGCUUCAAAAUUUGCCCGGAGAAUCAACAAUGCAUUUUGAAAAAAAUAGACAAUCCAACGAUGCUAUGAAAAUAGCAUGGAGAUACUGUCAUCUAGGAGGAUUUGAGGGAAAUAUUGGUCUUAGCAGAGGGCCUGGUAUCUACAAAUUUGAAAAUGUUCCCUACUGUCAUACGUUUGACCUUGCAAAACAGCUAGAGAUACCAGAGAAUACAACAAUUAUAUGCUCAAAAUGUAUCGCUACAUCUUCUAAGCCUUAUAGUGAAUUUAUCUCGGAUAUUCUUAAACUUUUAUCUUCAAAAUCUCCAGAAAUAAUACGAUUAAUAAUCCCUAACAUUCUUUCACCUGCAUUUUAUCCUUCUGAGGCACUAAAACAAAAAAAUAUACUAGAAUUUUUUCAUACAUUAAGAGCUCUUCUACGAAUAUAUUCUAAUCGUCUUGUAGCUAUUAUAAGUAUACCAACACAGUUGUAUUCUCGAGAAACAGGUAUAGUUCGUUAUUUGGAAUUAUUGUCAGAUGGCGUUCUUGAAUUAAUACCUUUUUCAAAUUUUGAUUCUACAAAUGGAUUCCAAGGUCUUUUGAAAUUACACAAGCUUCCAUUUUCCCAAAAUUCAAUCAAUUAUAAUAAUGACUUAGCAUUCAAAGUUACUCGUAAGCAAUUUUCAAUCGAACCAUGGGUACUUCCUCCAGCAAAUGAAAAAGAAUCUUAUACAGGGGAAAAAACAAUCAAUACUUCUGUUCCUGUUGAUUUUUAAUAUAUUUACAAUACUAAAAAUUAUAAUAUCAUA